AGCGCGGUCAAGCCUCCAUCAUCAAAGGGGAGUUACCCGGCCUCCCUUGGCCUUCCCCUAUAAAACCACACGCCUGGAGCACGCGCCUGCGCUUCACAUACACAGCCGCGCACGCCAUUGCAUUCCAGGCCGGAGCAACGAGAGAGAGAGCAGCCUACGGCCGCGGGCGUGCCUUCCUCCGCGUCCUGCUGCACCGCCGCCGGGCCGCCGAAUCCGAGGUCGUCGAGCGGGCCAUGGCGGCGCUGAUGAUCGGUUCCUCCUCCAAGCCUGCGCUCCUCCUCCCCGCGCUGGCCUUCGUCCUUGCAUUCGUCGCCAUCCCCGCGCUCACGACGCCGGCGCAGGGGCACGUGUUCCACGUCGGUGGCCCGCGCGGGUGGCGCGUCCCGGACGCCAACACCAGCUAUGGCUGGUGGGCCAUGAACAACCGCUUCCACGUCGCCGACGAGCUCUACUUCAAGUACGAGAACGACUCGGUGCUCCUCGUCUCCCGCGAGGAGUUUGACGCCUGCAACGCCACGGACCCCCUUUCCAGGUUUGCCGACGGCAGCACCACGGUGCGUCUCGAUAGGCCGGGCUUCUUCUGCUUCAUCAGCGGUGAGCCGGGGCAUUGCGAGGAGGGCCAGAGGCUCAUCGUGCGCGUCAUGGUGCACCCGGCCGAGCCUGCGCCCGCGCCUGGUCCGGCAGCCUAUGCGCCAGGCCAAGGCGGAGACGGCUCUGGGUCUGGCGGCGGACACGGUGGGUCUUCACCGGGCACGUCGUCUGCUGCCGCUGCGGUUGCUGCCGGCGGCGUCGCUCUCGCUGCAGCGAUGGCCGCUCUUUGUGUCGGUCUCGUCUUGCUGCUUCAGUGAUCAGUUUGCUCUUCUACUAGAUAGUCAGGUUUUAUUAUUGAGGUUUAAUCAAUUCCUUCUCUAUUAGAGUUCAUCCGGUGGUACUAGUGAUUCGUGAUAUGGUACUAUUAUCAUAAUUAGUUUGGUUAUCCUGUGUAAUGACAAUAUUGUUUGGCUUUCUUCGAUCCCUAUGA